AGAGACUGCUUGUGCAGCUGACGUCCCGACUUAAGCUUGAGAGCGGUAAGGAGUGUGUUUACUCCCCGCACAAAGCAAGCAGAACUGCUUCAACGAUAUAUCAAGCAAAAAUCGCCAAGGGACAAGCCCACUGUCUGUAAAAGCACUGGUAUAGCUGUACUUGCUGCAGCUAGUAACCAUGGCGAUGAAACCGGAGCCGAUGGAGCUUGAAGGAGAGGGGUCCGUCUAUCCCAUGCAGCUGAUUCAGAAUGAAACCCAAAACAAUAGAGCAUUUCACAUAGAACAGACAGACCCCCUUGCCAUGGCAGGAGACAUCAAUAACGACAUCGACGCCAUCAUUGCAUCCACAUCUGGGAGCUUCCUACAAAGUGGUAACCUUGACCAGUUUUGUGAGGAAACCAACGAGCUGAAGCCCAUGCAGGAGAAACCCCACAGUGCAGUGUCUGAGAUUCUGCUGGGGAGGGAGCAGGGGCACCCUGGGGCACGGGGCAAACAUUACCAGGACUCCCACUUUCCCACCUACACCAUCGCCCGCGGGGAGGUGGAACUCAAUUCCAAGUUCCUUCCCAAGAAGUACAAAUGUGCGUUGUGUUUGUACAAGACCAGCUACAAAUCUGACCUCAACAGACACAUGAGACGUCACGCUAAUGGGAGAGAGCUUGUGUCGUGUAAGGACUGUCAUGCCUCAUUCACAUCCCAGUCCACACUUGUGUUCCACCAGAUGAAAUGCCCAAACAGUCGCGGCCCCACAUCAGGAAAUGUGAUGGUGAGCUGUCAGAUCUGCCCCUACUCCACUUCCUACAAGUCAGACCUGACCCGUCACAUGAAGAGUCACUAUACCCACGAAUUUGCAUGUGAUGUUUGUCUGAAGCCAUUCAAAGUACAAGCCUUAGUUGACCAUCACAGACUGACGGUUCACAACAUCGUGGGCGGUGAUGCUGGGGCUGAAGGAACGCAUACCUCAAUGGUUCAACACUACAACCCCUACCACCAACCCACUGCUGACACGGCUCCCGGGGAUUGUGUGGUUAUUGAAGAUGAUGAACAGGAGAAGGCUAAACCUGACCCUGAGUUACUUGUCACGGAUGACAGUGUUAACGAUCGCCCAAUGAAUAGAGAUUAUGUGCAUUCUCGUCCUGCACCGGGUCUUGUCACAGCCAACUCUCAGGGAAACAUCCGGAUUGGUCAGACAGCAAAACAAAAUGGUAAAACCAGUCGAUCGGUAACACCUGAUAUGGGUAGCAAGAGUCAGUUACAGAGACAGAGCCGAGUCAGAGAGCUUCUGUCUCUGAACAGUAGCAAGCAGGCUACCGUCACAGUGCCUAUCAGGCAAUUCUGUUGUGAGAACUGUCGGGGGAUAUAUGGCUCGGUCAAAGAGCUAAUGAACCACAAGAAAUCCUGCCUUGGAUCAAAGACAGCACAGAGGAUUCACAGCUGCAGUUCUGCAACGGAAACACAACUUUGCAAAAUCCCAUGUUCCACAUCCAAACAAAGACCCGUCCACAGUGACAGAUCAACCCAAGCAGACACAAGUCAGUCUGUCUCCUCACUGUCAUCCAGUCCAGGGGAGAUACUGGCUCAUCCUCCUGAUACUGGUCGUUUUGCUAGACUCAUUUCAGACUUCGACGACUUUGCAAGGAAGCCUUAUGCCUGUGCUCUUUGUUUCUACCGCUCAACAAGUGUUCGUGUCCUUUCAAAACACGUGGAGAAUCAUCUCACUGGCUGCAAUGUUGACCCAAUCCCUGAGUCUGCAAGAUUCCGAGUUCAGAAGUCAAGAUCACAAGUGUUACAUUCACAGUUAUUACCAACACACCCUGGACAUUCUAAACCUCCAGUGGACGUUCAGAAGGAAGAUGUCAGCAGAACCGCCCAAACUCACUGUGAACUCGUAGCACUAGACGAAACCCAGUUUAUUAGUAAUCCUGUCCCAGCCAGGAUGAGACAUCAGGCAUUGGCACAGACUGGGACUAUAAGACAAUGGCAGGCUCGGAGACGGGCUCGAGUGCCGCGAUUCACCAAGGCGUUUGCCUGUCAUGUGUGCAGCAAGCAGUUCACUGUCCGGGGUCUUCUGCAGCGGCACCUGAGGAAGAUGCAUAAGGAUGACAUGGACACGGGCGAGGUGCUGUCUAAAGAUUCGACCUUGCCCGUACUAAAAUCCGUGACUGCUAAAUACUAAAUACAUGUAUUCGGUUUUUACAGUUUAUUUUGCAAACUCGUGUGUAAAGAAUGACGUUGUUCAUACCAAAAUCCGUGACUGUUAAAGACGAAAUACAUACAUAUUCGUUUUGGACAGUUCAUCUUCCAUCCUCGUAUUUACAUUUGGACACCGAAGAACUACCUUAAAGUCUUGUCUUUUGGCAAAGUCCAUGAAGCAAGACUAAUCCUGCAAAUUUGGCCAUGUGUUGGUCAUUAACGUUGCAUUUCUGUCAGUGACCUAAAGGUUCGGACGCCAAUUAUCACAAAUAUCAUAGUCGAUGUUCUGACAAACUGUCUGAGACAUCAUUACAGUGUUUGGCCCAUAUAUUGUGUCCCAGACUCUCUUUAGGAUAUGGACGAUUCCCCACAUGGGAACAAUGUGUAAAGCCCAUUUCUGGUGUCCCCCGCCGUGAUAUUGCUGGAAUAUUGCUAAAAGCGGCGUAAAACUAAACUCAGUCAGUUUAGGAUAUGGAACCGCCGGUCAGUUGCUCGGCUCUGAGGUUUUCUGUGUGUGAUGGGGACGUCCUGAUAUGUAUGGACUUCUGUACAGUUCAACGUUUUAAUGUAUGAUACAAUAUAUUCUCUAAGAUCC